AUGGCAGUUUCUGCAAUUGGUUUUGAAGGUUAUGAGAAGAGGUUGGAAAUAUCCUUUUUCCAACCAGGAUUGUUUGCUGACCCUGAAGGAAGGGGUUUAAGAGCUCUUACGAAAUCCCAGCUGGAUGAGAUUCUAACACCAGCUGCUUGCACCAUUGUAUCUUCUCUCUCAAAUGAUGAUGUCGACUCUUAUGUUCUGUCGGAGUCCAGCCUAUUUGUUUAUGCCUACAAGAUCAUCAUCAAAACCUGUGGGACUACAAAGUUACUUCUUGCAAUCCCACCUAUACUGAAGUUCGCAGAAAUGCUCUCUCUUAAAGUUAGAUCUGUAACUUACACCAGGGGUAGUUUCAUCUUUCCUGGCGCUCAGCCAUACCCCCAUCGCAACUUCACUGAGGAAGUAAAUAUUCUUGAUGACUAUUUUGGGAAGCUUGGAUCAGGCAGCAUGGCUUAUAUUAUGGGUAGCCCAAUCAAAGAACAGAAAUGGCAUAUCUACUCUGCAUCUGCUGAUUCCGCGAUCUCAUCCGAUAACAUUGUUUACACUCUAGAGAUGUGUAUGACGGGACUUGAUAGGGACAAAGCUCAAAUUUUCUACAAAGAACAAUCUGCCUCGGCUGCCAUAAUGACUGUUAAUUCUGGCAUUAGAAGUAUUCUUCCAGAAUCUGAGAUAUGCGACUUCGACUUUGAGCCAUGUGGUUAUUCCAUGAAUUCUAUUGAAGGGGGUGCUGUUUCUACCAUUCAUAUUACUCCAGAAGAUGGAUUCAGUUAUUCAAGCUUUGAGACUGUGGGGUACGACUUUAAAGUAGUGAAUUUGAACGAGUUGGUUGAGAGGGUAUUGCAAUGUUUCCUUCCCAAAGAAUUUUCUGUAGCCGUUCAUGUGGAUGGUGCAAACAAGUUAUUUGAGCAGACGUGUUUUGUUGAUGUGAAGGGUUACUGUCGUGAAGAGUGGAGCCACGAAGGGCUUGGAAUGGGUGGUUCUGUUAUCUACCAAAAAUUCGUUAAGACUAGUGACUGUGGUUCACCUAGAUCAACUCUCAAGUGUUGGAAAGAUGAAGAUGAAGAAGAGUAG